UAAAAACCAAUGACCUCAUAGGGGUGGGGCUCUGGGACUCUGGAGAGGUGGCAGUCACAGCCAGGUAACCUUCACAGCUUUUAGUGAAGCCUUUUAGUAAGAAGGGGGCUGUUCAACUUUACUCUGCUGCCUUCAACCCCGGCCCUGAGGCAAUUUAGCAAACAGCCAUUGCCUACAAGUCUCAAAAGCUUGUCUUGGCCUCAGAUGGAUCCCAAAGAAACCACUGGGAAAGAAAACAUGGGCAGCAAGAAAAAGAACCUGACCUUCCUGAGGCCCAGGCUCUAUAUGUUGGAGAGAAGGAAGACAGACACAGUGGUUGACAGCAGUAUUUCUGGGGACCACUCUGGUACUUUGAGGAGGAGUCAGUCUGACAGGACCGAAUACAACCAGAAACUACAAGAAAAGAUGACUCCACAGGCUGAGUGUUCUGCACCCGAGACCCUAGCUCAGGAAGAAGAGCAUCAGAUGCAGAGAAUGAUGGCAAAGCGUUCGAAAAUCAUCAAGGAGCUGAUUCAGACGGAAAAAGACUACCUCAAUGAUCUAGAGCUGUGCAUUAGGGAAGUGGUUCAGCCCUUGAGAAAUAAACAGAUUGAUCGGCUGGACGUGGAUAGCUUGUUUAGCAACAUUGAAUCCGUGCAUCAGAUAUCAGCCAAGCUGCUGUCAUUGUUGGAAGAGGCCACAACAGACGUGGAACCGGCCAUGCAAGUAAUCGGAGAAGUAUUCUUGCAGAUUAAAGGGCCCCUGGAAGAUAUUUAUAAAAUCUACUGCUACCACCAUGAUGAGGCGCACAGUGUACUGGAAUCCUAUGAAAAGGAGGAAGAGCUGAAGCAACAUUUGAGCCACUGUAUCCAGUCCUUAAAGAAAAUAUACAUGCAAGAAGGCAAGCCAAACUUACUGGACAUGGGCUCUUUGAUGAUCAAACCAAUCCAGCGUGUAAUGAAAUACCCACUACUGCUCUGUGAACUCCAGGGCUCCACCCCUCCCUCUCACCCAGACUUCAGGGCGCUCGGGGAUGCCUUCACUGCAGUGAAAGACAUUAAUGUGAACAUCAAUGAACUUAAAAGACGGAAAGAUUUAGUUCUAAAAUACAAGAAGAAUGAUGAGGAUGAAUCACUUAAAGACAAAUUGUCUAAACUAAAUAUUCAUUCAAUUAGUAAGAAAUCAAAAAGAGUGACAAAUCAUCUAAAGAUUCUGACCAGAGGAGAAUCACAGGUAAAAGACAAUACCUUUAAUAGGGAAGAAAAGCUAUUUAGAUCUUUAGAAAAGACGGUGAGGCAUUGUGUGAAGAACAUUUCGCUCUGUCUUCAACACAUACAGGAUGCCAUGCCCUUAGCGCUGCAGAGUGUAAUGGAGCUCCAGGACAUCUCUUGCAACAGAGAUAAGGAGGAGAGGAGCCAUUCAGAGACUCCGAGUAACGCCCCACAACCCUGUGGUGACUUUGCAGCCCAUUUACAGAGGCUUGUCCUGAUGCCCCUGUCAGCCCUGCUGUCCUUGUUCCCCGGGCCUCAGAAGCUCAUCCAAAAGCGCUAUGACAAAUUGCUGGACUGCAACAGCAACCUACGACGGGCAGCAGGAGAUGAGUCAGACUUGGCCAAAAAGGAGUAUGAGGCCCUCAAUGCCCAGCUUGUGGAGGAGCUCCAGGUGUUCAACCAGGCUGCCCGGAAGAUUCUGUGGAACUGUCUGUGUAGCUUCGUCACUCUUCUUGGGGACCUGACACUUGUGGCUCAGCAGGUUUAUUCUACGGUGGCACCGGUACCACUGCUGGCCUCGAGCAUCUCUGAAAUUCAGAAUCGAGUACUAGAAGAGGUUCAAAAUCUUAAUUUUGUAAAGGACAACAGUGCCACCUUUAUUGAGAGGAAACUUAGUUUUGAAAAGAAGAAGCCUGUGCAAAUUCUGCCUGAAGUGCCACGUCAAACCGAUGUUCACCGCUCCAAACUUCUGUCCACGUACAGUAAAGAAGAACUCUACCAGGCAAAGCGGAAGUGCAAUGCUACACAAGAAUAUGACAUCAAUCUUCUAGGAGGGGAAUUGGUGGCUGUGAUGGAACAGAAAGAUCCACUGGGGAGUACCAGCAGGUGGCUCGUUGACACAGGAAUUAUGAAAGGAUAUGUGUAUUCCUCCUUCUUAAAACCCUACAAUCCUGCAAAAGUGCAGAAGGUGGAUGCUGAGAACAGGUUCUGUGAUGACGAUUUUGAUAACAUCAGCCUCUUUGUGUCCUCACGGCCAGCUAGUGACAGUGUCACAGGCACCCCAGAAAGUAGCGUAAGUGAUAGCAGCUCAUCUCUUAGUGGCACAUAUGGAAAGUUUGAAACAAACGGCACUGACGCUGACAGUUCUCAAGAGGUAGAUGAACAGAUUUUCUAUGCAGUUCAUGCUUUUCAAGCACGAAGUGACCAUGAACUCAGCCUUCAGGAGUACCAAAGAGUCCACAUACUUAGAUUUUGUGACCUAAGUGGCAAUAAAGAGUGGUGGUUGGCUGAAGUUCAAGGGCAGAAAGGAUAUGUGCCAGCUAACUACCUUGGGAAGAUGACUUAUGCUUAAGAAAAGAAGCCCUUGACUUCUGUUUUCUGGCAGGUUAUUGAUGGGCUACCUCAUAAAACUUACAAAAUGUUGGUCUAGAAAUCAAGAAACCUCCAUACUACAUGAACUGAUACUGUAUCAAGUUUUAAGGAAGACUGCUUCCUAACAAGAUUAUUUCAAAAUGUAUUUUGAAGAAUAAAUGUUGAGGGAAACAAACAGAAACAGCAAAACAAACAGCUAAAGCUCCAACUACCAACUACUUAAAAAUGGAGAUCUUUGAAAAGAUAAAUGUAUCCUUUAUCAGCAUGAAAGGCUGGAUAAGAUUUUUUUCAAUGUAUUGUAUUAUGUAUUUUGCCUCAAAUGUUUUUCUCUCAUUCUCUUUUGUGUGUGUGUGCACAUAUACACUCACACACAUGUAAUUAUAUUCAUUAUAUGGUUAUGUAUACUAUGUGAUAUAGAUUAUACACUGUUAUGCAUAAACCAGGGAAUAUACUAAAUAUACAUAAUAGGAAUUAACAGCCAGCUAGAAAUCUGUGUUGUGGAACAUCUCUUUACUGUAAGUUUUAAAUGAAAAAAACCCUGAAUGACCUGAUAAUUAUCUAACAUUUACUGAAUGCAUACUACAUGACAAAAACUGUUCUAUAUGUUUCUUAUGUAGUAACUUAUUUUUUAUUAUUUUUUUUUAACCUUUAUUGAUUUUUGAGACAGAGAGAGCAUGAACGGGGGAGGUUCAGAGAGAGAUGGAGACACAGAAUCUGAAACAGGCUCCAGGCUCUGAGCUGUCAGCAUAGAGCCUGACGUGGGGCUCGAACUCACGGACUGUGAGAUCAUGACCUGAGCCGAAGUCGGAUGCUGAACCGACUGAGCCACCCAGGUGCCCCAUGUGGUAACUUAUUUGAUACUCACAACAUUAUGAAGAAACUGUGGCCCACAUGGAUGAAGUAAUUUAGCCCAGGUACACUGCUAGUAAGGGCUGGGACUCAAACCUAGGUCUGGUUCUGGGAUCUACACUCCUAACCACUAUGCUGUACCAACCCUCCAGGAGUAUACAUUUGCUGUCAGCAAAGCACUUAAUGAUGCACAUAAUGGACAUUGAUAAGGACCAUUUUUCUCUCAGGUCGUAUUUAAGUAUUGAGAAGUUUUUCAAAAUCAAGGGCUAGGAGGAUUUCCAUGAUAUUAGUCUAGAGAAAAUGACGUAUCUACGUUUAUUUUUUUUGUUUUGUUUUGCUUAAACAUUUUUAAAAGUAUAAUUGUUUAAAAACGAUGCUACAUGAUCACUAAUGUUACUUGAAUGAGGAAAUAUUUUUGGAUCGCUCAAUCAUUUGGAUGAUGAAUGUGGAAUGUGUACUCCAUGUUCUGAGCCAAGAUGUAAAUAUUUUUAGUUGCCGAUUGUACUUAGACAAAGAAGGCAUUAAGGAUAACAUUUGCUGAAACACAAUGUCCUGGGACACUGAACUUUCACUUGGGAAUAGCUCAAAAUUGUCCCCUAAGAUUUCAGGAUAUUUUGUCAAGACAUUUUAUUGACUUGUUGAUGCUCCUUUAGGACAGUAAAAAGAUUUAAAGUUUGACUUAGUGGUUUCCUUUAAACACCAAUAUAAAGUGGACUUUCAUUUCCCACAUAGAAUGUGCUAAUAAUGACAUUAAAGAUUUAAUUGUUACUUUGAAAGAUUUGAUCUCUAGAACGUAUACUGUAACAUACAUUACUGAAGAAUACAAAUAACAAAAUGAACAGUGAUUUUCAGAGGGCUGUUUUAAGUAUGCAUAUGACAUGUACAACCAUAGAAAUUAAGACAUUUCCAUGACAGAAUAAUUUGCAUUUCAUAAUAUUGUACCUGAAAUACUUAAUCUAAAGAUAGUUUUAUAAGGUUCUAAUGGUAAGUUGUUUUUGCAUAACAUUUUAUUGUUUUGAGUUUGGAUACUAAAAGAAGAUUCUCUUUUAGACAUACAGAGACUUUUUAUGUCUUUUAAAUGGUGCUUUGUACCCAACGGUGAAAACAUAAUUCCAGUUUGCAUAGGGCAAAACAAAAGGAAAUCCAAACUUGCUACUUGUGGUAACUAUGAACAUGCCCAACAACCAAACUGGUGGGGAAACUAUAUCUAAUGUAUUUUUUAUAUAUGAUAUUUAUACUUUUAAUAUAUAAAAGUAUAUAUAUGUUUAAUAUAUAACUUAAUAUAUAUUAAAUGCAUGUAUUAAAAUUAGCUGUGACUUCAAUACUCCCCUUAAAAUGAAGAUUGAUAGAAACAGCUCAUAUUUGCUGUUUUGGCUGAAAUAAGUCACUAGAUGUAUAGAAGCUUUGUCUGCUUGUGUGGUCCUAGGUUGAUGCCUCCUGUCUCACCUUUUUAGAAACCACACCACUAAAAUCAGAGCUGCAGUUAGCUGCUGAGCAAGUGUAAUGAAGCCAUCUCCUGUAGUCCCUCACUAUUGUAAUGAACAUACAUUACUCUAAAACUAUGUAGUUGCUAUUUUAAAAAUAUACCUACAUUUCAUAUGCCAUUUAGGCUUUGUUUUUUUAACGUUAUACAAUACCUUCAUUUUCUUGAUAUGUUGUUAAGAAUCAAGUAAUUAUAAUUUUCAGGUCAGACAUUAUUUUGUUGAACAUAGGGGAAAUGAAACUCAGAUAGUUAUGAUGUAUGUAAGUCUUUAAGAAGUUUAAAAAGAUAAAACUAUUGGUGACAUCAUUACAAUUAAGGCAUGAAGAAACAAUUAUUUCUUUGUAUUUUAAAUUUUAAAUGUCAUUGUAAAAUAUAGAAUUCUCUGAAAUGGGUAUUUUUACCAAGAAUGAAGGAGAAAUUUCUGUGGCUGUUUUCCUUUGUAAAACAAAUAAACAAGUGCAUGUAAACAUUUUAUUUAGUAUUUAUUUUUAAAUACAGAUGUUCUAGUAUACAUAAUAAUGUUUGGAAUUAUAAAAGAUCCAGUAAUACAAAUUACCAUGGGUACUUAAAUCAUGUGAAAAAGUCACAAAGCCACUAUCCGAACAUUCCUUGUACUUUAGAAAAAUAUUCUCUUUUGCUAUUAGUAUAAAACAAUUCUAUGAAGGUUGAGCUGUGCAGAAGAGAUACAGCGCACAUUGUUAAUCAUAUAAAUGCAGCACUGCAUGAAAUACUUUUAAGUGCUGAUGUAUUUCAUAUUUUGCCUGAAAUAUAAUUUGGACUUUUAGAGAUGGCUAUUAACUGCCUGUCACUAUUUGUGAUGAAUAGUUCAGAUGAUGUACAAAAAUCAGUGUUUUUAUUACUGAAAUAUGAAAUUAAAAACUGCCCAUAAGCUUCUUAGAUUUUUGUCUACUGCAAAACACUCUCAAAGCCAUGUGAACAGAGAUAAAAUCUUUAUAUUCUAAGAUGGCGGGGAAACUACUUUACUGAAAUCCCGUUUGUCCUAACUAUGGCUUCUUAAGGUACUCAGUGUAGUGCCCAAUACUGAAUACAUUUAGCCCUCACAAAAUUCAAGCCAAAUUAAGCCUACAAAUUUACAUUAUAGUUGAUGAAAAAGUAAUUAAAUUUCAUUGACUGGAAGGACACUCAACUUUACAUUCUCUGGGGAAAUUCUACUAUUUAUAGAAUGUUACUAUUUUUAAAGGCUAAUUUUUUCUGUUACUUCCUUCUAUACACUAAAUUAUAUAAAAACUUAGUCAUUAAAUUAUCUGUUAUCUAUAAAAUUAUCCAAUAUAACGCAUCUUCACACCAGGACCAUUGGAAUUCAACCUGUGUCUCUGAAGGCCAGCUACUUCUUUCCUGUUAUUAACUCUUGAUAUAGGCAAGAUUUGCUUCGGUUUUUCAGUAAAAUAAGUCACCCAUUAGCAUAUAGCAGAAUGAGUAGCUCUUGUUCAAAAAUGUAGGGGAUAUAUUCUUAGUCAAGUUUAUCUUACAAGAAAACAAUACUAUGGUGUGCAAAUGUAUUUAUGGCUUUCUCUAAUUCUUUAUAUAAUUUUUAUGAUUAUUGUAUUAAUAUAUUUAUUUUUAUAAAAUGAUGUAUUUUCUAUACAACCUGUGAUCAUCACAGUAUAAUUAAAUAAUCUGUUACUAAUAAACAGUACCAUGACAUCCUUGUGAGGUAUCAGAAUCAGAAACCUAACCUUAGAAUGUUAGAUGCCUCCCAUUUUAUCUCAUUAAUUAUCAUCUAUAUUUUAUAGAGGAGGAAACCAAAGAUUACACAGCUCAUAUAUGGAGGGACUGGGAUUCAAAACCAGGUCUUCUGACUUUAAGCCAGUGUUCAUU